GUGAGCUCAUCAGCUUACAAUCUCCAUCAUCCUCCAUUCUCUUUUCUCCUCAUCCAUCAUUUUCAUCUCCCCUUCCUACAACAGAUUAAUAUCAAUAUGGAGGUUCUACUAGGUAUCACCGGCAAGGACUUCGUCAUCCUGGCGGCCUCCAAAGCCGCUAUGAGAGGGCCGACUAUUCUGAAAGCAGAGGAUGACAAGACACGGCAAUUGAGCCAGCACACUCUUAUGGCUUUUUCGGGAGAGGCAGGAGAUACAGUGCAAUUUGCCGAAUACAUUCAAGCUAAUAUUUCGCUAUACACGAUGAGAAACGAUACCGAAUUGCGUCCGAAUGCUGUUGCCAGCUUCGUCCGAGGAGAAUUGGCUCGGAGUUUGAGAUCACGGAACCCUUACACGGUCAACCUCCUGCUGGGCGGAGUGGACUCAAUUACACAGGAACCUCAUCUGUAUUGGAUUGACUACUUGUCUGCUCUUGCCCGCGUGCCCUACGCCGCACACGGUUAUGCUCAGUACUACUGCUUAUCCAUCCUCGACAAACACCAUCAUCCCGAUAUCUCCCUCGGACAUGGUAUGAAGCUUUUACAGAUGUGCACAGACGAGCUCAAGCGCAGACUACCAAUCGAUUACAAGGGCGUCCUUGUAAAGGUCGUGACCAAGGAUGGCGUCAAGGAAGUAGAGAUCGAUAAUGAUAGAAUAGUCAAGAGUGCUUAAUUUCACACUUGGAAUGACGGCGUUGUAUCAUACCAUGAUUUGUCUUUUCACUGAUUUGCUUUUGAAGACCGGGACGCAUGGCAGGUAUUUUCCAUGACUUGGGCACGUAUGUAGUCUCUUGAUAGGACCAGUGGAAAUGACUCAAAAAGUCGAUACUCUCCUGAACUGAGAAUAUCCGCCUGAGUACGCUUGAGCAGAACGUGAUA